AUGGGGUUUUUUGAACAAUUUAUCAACACGGUAUGGAAUUUUCUCUCCAAUAAUUGGUAUUCAGUAUUGAUUAAUGACCAAGAUUUAGGAUUCUCUCACUCUACAAGAGGGGUUAAGCAAGGAGAUCCUUUAUCUCCAGCUUUGUUUAUUCUGUCAGCUGAGGUACUCUCUAGAUCAUUGAACAAAUUGUUUGAAUAUAGAAGAUUUAGGGGGUAUGGUAUACCAAAGUGGACUGAUCCUUUGAAUCAUCUAACAUAUGCUGAUGAUACCAUCAUAUUUGCUUCUGCUGAUCCUUAUUCAUUGGAGAAGAUAGUUGAAGUUUUGAGCAAAUAUGAGUUCACAUCUGGACAAUUAAUUAAUAAGUCUAAGAGCUCCUUUUAUAUGCAUUCAAAUGUUGUUGGAGCAUUGUUCAAUUCAGUUGGAACAAUCAUUGGAUUUGCAAGAGGUGGGUUUCCAUUUACUUAUCUUGGAUGUCCAAUUUCUUACAAAAGGAGGAGGAAAGAUUAUUACAAUGAUCUCAUCAAAAAGGUCAAUACAAAGUUGCAUUCAUGGAAAGGGAAAUUACUGUCCUUUGUUGGCAAGGCUACAUUGAUCUCAAGUGUGCUUCAAAGCAUUCCUACUCACAUACUCUCAGUAUUGGAACCUCCUGACAAUGUAUUGGAGCACUAA